UCGGGUCACGUCACCCAUUCCUUCUCUCCAGAGAUGAUCUUCAAUCAUUACCACUAUCUGGUCCACAUCUUCACGAUGAAAUAUUAACACUGUCUCUCUUCCCACAGAUGCUGCCUGACCAAUUGACUUGUUUCCAGCAUUUUAUGUUUUAUAUCAGGUUUCCAGCAUCUGCAAGAUUUUUAAAGUAUAUAAUUUCUGUAAUUGAAAAGCAGAUUAUUUUUUUUUUCAAUUCUGCUCGUCACUCUUAAGUUUUCAAGGGCGAUGAAAUAAUGUCUGAAGGGGCUCGACCCGAAGCGUCACCAAUUUCUUCUCUCCAGAGAUGAUGCCUGUCCCGCUGAGUUACUCCAACAUUUCGUGUCUAUCUUCGGUUUAAACCAGCACCUGCAGUUCUUCCCUGCAAAUAAUGUCGCUCCCUCGGCUUAAACCCUGGAGACUCCGGGACAGUUCUGCAGAGGUGGUUUCUGCGCCCUGAUCCCACGGCAGAGCUAACCAGGGCUGGUGCUGUCCGUUGUUAGGAAGGUGAAGCAUGAACGGUGAGCGGAGGCUUCCUGUGUAGGCUUGAAAUGACGGUGUUGCCGCUGCUGAGCUUGUUGCGUGAUGCAUUUCCGCUCGCUGCAAGGAUCAAGGCUGCGAUGCGAUUUCAGCGGAGAGCAAGCAAGAGGAGCGCACCUUUCUGGAUGACAGGAAAGCUGAAAAGGUUUAGAGGACAGAAGGCGUGUUCACGAUGGAAUGGGAGUCCCAGAUUUUGGGGGAAAGAAACAGCGCCGCACAUUGGCGCAGCGGUAGAGUUGCUCCUUUACAAUGCCAGAGACCUGGGUUCGAUCCUGACUACGGCUGCUGUUUGUACGGAGUUUGCACGUUCUCCCCGUGACUACAUGGGUUUUCCCGGGUGCUCCGCUUUCCUCCCACACCCCAAAGACAUACAGAUGUGCUUCAUAUUUCUUCUGACAAGCCUCAAAAGUCUGAAUCUCUCCCUUCUAUUCAGCUUUUUGAAGUAGAUCAGUAUGUUUGCUAUUGAGGCACUGGGAGCCCCAGAGGUGUCUUCAAACUCUCAAAUUUGCAAUGGAGCACAUGAUCGACAAAUCAAGAGUGAAACCAUUUGUACUUCCGAGGUCAUGCAGGACAAGAAUUCUAACUUUGUGGUGGAGAUAUACAACACGAAUGAGAACUUCAGUCUCCCUCAGCCCGCUGGGACCACGUUCAGUGGUAGCCCCAAACUAAAAAGCGAACCCAACUUGCAAGUGAAGAAAGAGAAAUGCAAUUCCAACACGGUGGUAGGAUCUUUGAGUUUGGAAUCGGGGGGAACCAGGCCUAUUUCUGCUGAGCAUGUCCGAAUUCCACCAGAGGGAGCUGAAGUAGACCACGCCAGCAAACUUCCCAAGGUUAGGGAUUGUGAAGAGUUUGUUGUCUCACCUUCAGAUGACAAUGGCUAUUCCAGCAGCUGCCUGAGCAUUGAAAGCCCAGACAGUGUGGAGGGAAACGUUUGGGAGACGUCGGAAACUGUCAAGCGAGAUCCUUGGCUACAAACGGCAGAAGCUGAGGCUGAAAGUAUUCCAGGGACUCCGCCUGCUGCAGAUUGCUUGUUGCCGUCAAUAUUUGAGGCAGUCCAGAGUCUUCAAGAGAAACAAAGGUUCAAAGAGCAAGAGAAGGAGAAGCACCAAACGCAAGUGGUCAUGUACCGACGCCUCGCGUUGCUGAGAUGGAUCCGCAGCCUCCAGCACAAAGUCGUGGACCACCAAAACCGGCUGCAGGAGAGUUAUGACACCAUCUUAAGCAACCGCAAAGAGCUGCUCAAGUUCAUCAAACAGGGAGUCAUCUAGCAGGAAGACAACUAAUGCAUUCAAAACCAUUUUUUGGAGUCUUGCUAGCAUGAGAAUAUGUCUUCACAAUUGUAGGUAUACAGAAAAGCAAUCAAAUUUAAGGAGAUUCAGUUAUUCAUCUUGGAAGAUGGAAAAUAUAAGCAACAUUAAUAUAUUUAUUUGUUUGAUGGAAUGGGAAGAUUAUUUUUUCAAUGUUCUUGCUGCUUCUUGAAUUGACAAUCCCUCUGCUUUUAAGGUUGGCUUCUAGAAUGCAGUGGGAAUUAAGUGGUUAAACAAAGGAGAUUAAUUUGGGAGACAGCAGCGAAAUAAUGAGUUUUGUUAUUUGCUGCACUCAGUCAUAUUAUUGACUAAGGCCAUCACUUAAUCUCUACUGAGAUUUGUGGUUAAUUGUAAAAAAGAAAAUUAAUCUCGCUUCCCUGUACUAUCCAGAAAGGCCACCUCCAAUCAAAGAUGUUAUGCUUGGAUCUUGUGCUGUUACAUUUUCAGUUGCUAACUUGCAGUACUAUAUUUUUCAAUUCACAAUUCUUUAUUGGUAAACCAACUCCAUGUGCUGCUGUCCUUAUAAAUGGAACCUUUUUAAAAUAACUUCCAUGUUGAUUAGUAAUUAAAUUAGGGUGACGGACAAUUGAUGCAGAAACGCUGCUUCAGGACAGUUUCCCUUCUCCUAAGUUGAAGUUGCUAGUUGAUUUAAAAAGACGAGGUGCAUGCAAGGAGCCAAGGAUUUUUCUUGGUGUCUUAUCUCUGCUGUUGGAGAUCCUGAAAUUACUACAACUUUUAUUUGCUUUUGUUAUCUAGAAUUUUGGGUUAGAUGUAACUUAUGCUUCUUGUACUUUUUGUUAUGCCUCAAAUAUCCCUGCAUUGGACUCUGUACAUUAUUUAAGCUGUAUUUGUUUGACUUUAUUUUAAUAUAAAGAUUAAAUUUGGAGAAAUGUGCUAAAACAUGAAAUAUUAUUUUAUUCAUAUUACCUGUUUAAUGUGUGGCAAAUCAGAGUCCUAUUUGUUAUGAAACUAAUGGACCAAUGGUGUUAAGUUUAUUUGCAAUCACUAAUUAUAUUAGAGGUUGGAUCCAGAAAAAAAUGCAUUACCUGCAACAGAUUCACAGCUGUUAACAAAAUGUAACGAUGAUAUUAAAAGUUAGCAUGUUGAAUAACUAUUGUAUCCAAUGGCUCAUGGGGAUCAUUUGUAUAUAGAUGAGGUUUAUAAGAUGCACUCUUAAGUCUGAACUUGCAUAGGCCACAUAGGCAGCAAAGUAUUGGGAGCGGAACAAUAUAUGGACCCUUUACAAAGAAAGCCUGUGUUCUUAAACUACUGCAUUGAAAGACCAAUUGAAUGGAUUUUGCAUGUCUGAAAUUUGAGGGAACCCUCCCAUGGAUUGAACUGAAUGGCAUGAAAGGAAAUGGACCAUAAUGAUUUUUAUUUCUUGUUAGAUUAAGACAUUUUGAUGUUCAUGUAGGCAUGAUUACUUGAAUGUAAAAAUAGCUGCUAUCAUAUCUAAUGUUAAGCAAGUGGACAGAAAAUGCGGUUAUUUCAUUUGUGCUAUGGUUUUUGUUUGGGACUCCGAAUAUUGUUAAAAAGUGCAGUUGCAUACUUUUUUAUUUCCUGAAUAAUGACUACCAUCACCAUAAUGUGUGUGAUCAAUAGGAGUUUCUGAUGUACAAUUAUCAAUAUAAUAAACUGUCUAUUUAUAUAACCAUAUCUGUGCUGCCCAUGUUUAUGUUAAAAAAAUAUAACGCUAAACUCCAUCAAAUGUGAUGUUUUGGGCAAUGUUUGUUUCAGUAAUACAAACCAGUUAUUUAUUAACGGUCCUAUUUAAAUUAGAUCCUUUGAAACUCUGAACUAACUCAGUACAUGUAAGUGAGAUGUGGUGCCAGUACGGUCCAAUUGUCAAUUUUUUUUUGGUAAACACUAGACAAGAUCUUAUAUCCACAUUAACAUGAGAAACUCGAAGCAAUUAUAAUGCAAGUAAGCCUGUGCUGUGUUGAAGAGAAAGAAAGUAUAUUAAAAAUAGUUUCA